AUGGCUGUCAAGCGGUUGAAGAGGAAGCGGAAAGACCCAAGCGGCCUCGUUACCACCACCCUCCCGCUGCCAGGUGUGUCACAUCCCGCUACGCAGAGAAGGACAAAGAAGCUCAACCCGAAAAGGAAGCGGAAAGACCCAAGCGGCCUCGCUACCACCACCCUCCCGCUGCCAGGUGUGUCACAUCCCGCUACGCAGAGAAGGACAAGGAAGCUCAACCCGAAAAGGAAGCGGAAAGACCCAAGCGGCCUCGUUACCACCACCCUCCCGCUGCCAGGCGCGCCACUUGCCCGGGACGCGGCGCAGCGGCUGCUGGCGGCAAUCGAUGAGGAAGGCGCGCUUUCGGAAUGCCCCUCUUCAUGGCACCGACUCUUCAAGAAGGAGUUGGGCACCUACCGGAGGUUCCUGGCGGCUCAUCCACAACUCUUCAGCAUCAAGGACCUUCCAGGAGACUGCUUUGUGGUCACACGCUGCGGCGCCGACGUGGCCUCCGAGUUCCUGGCGGACCGGCGCUGCUGGCGCCGGGCACUCCGCAGCGCCUGGCGGAGGUACUGCCUGGACACUUCCGACCCAUGCCCACGGGCCUUCACUGGCCAGUUGAAGGCUAUGGCCGGCUUGGAUGUGGAGAAACCGCAAGGUUCUGAAGGCCAGUUGAAGGCUAUGGCCGGCUUGGAUGUGGAGAAACCGCAAGGAUCUGAAGGCCAGUUGAAGGCUAUGGCCGGCUUGGAUGUGGAGAAACCGCAAGGAUCUGAAGGCCAGCUGAAAGCUCUGGCGAGCGCGGAUGUGGCCAACCCAGCUAAGAAGUCUGCAGGCCCAGAUGAGCCAGCGAAGACGAGAACGGAGCGUCGACGUAAGACUUCGAAGAGUGGUCUUGGGCGAGGUGUUAAAGCCAAACCCAGCGCGGAUGUGGACAAACCUUCGGGAGGUGUUGUGAAGCGAAAGCGGCGUCCGCUGAAAGAGCCCAGCGUGGACAACAUCUCAGGCCCGAAGCUGGAGCCGACACGCGAAAAGAAGUGUCGACGCUUGAAGCGCCGCUGA